AAGAAUAAGUAAAAGUAGAAAAUAAGAAACUUUAUCAACAAUUCACCAAAAAGUCAAACUCCGGAUGAAAAAAAGUUUCUUUAAACCAUUCUUCUUAGUCAUCACCUAUUUCUUCUUCCAGCAAUUCACAGGAAUUUUCGUUAUAAUGUUCUAUGCAAUCGAUAUAGUUCAGGGAGCUAAAAUAGAGCUGGAUGCUUACAUAACGAUAGUUUUGAUAGCUACAGUCCGACUUGUAGCUAUGUUAUUGCUGAGUUACUCCAGCAAGCAUUACGGUAGAAGACCGCUCAGUAUUGUAUCAGGGACAGGAAUGUCAAUCUGUAUGCUGACUCUGGGUAGUUAUAUUUUAUGUAUCAAACAAGGACUAAUCAGUGAAGAGUUGGAGAAAAAACUGACUCUGAUUCCUCUGUCUUUAUUGAUACUGUAUUUCUUUAUAAGUACCAUGGGAUUCUACCCUAUACCUUUUGCAUUAUCUUCUAACUUGGGUUUUGGUGCAGGCUGUAACUUUCUGUUUUUUAUAACGGUGAAAUUGUACCCUACUAUGAUGGAAAGUAUGAACGCCUACGGAGUGUUUUUCUUUUACGGAGGUAUGGCCGUAGUUGGAACUAUAUUUGUAAUCAUUUUUUUGCCAGAGACCAGAGGUAAAACUCUGGAGGAAAUCCAGGAAUAUUUUGUGAAAAAGGAGAGUACUAAAGAAGAACACGAAAAAAUUGUAGAAAAAAAUGCACUAUAG